CUUCGAUUUUUAUACAGAUCGUAGAAUUCGUAUAGAAACAGACGGCUUUAAUCGUAGACAGAGUAAACUAGUUUACUCUGUCUACGGCUUUAAUAGACGUAGAGAGUACAUAUUGUAUACUUUACCUGCGUGUAAACGGUUUCAGUGUUAAUCCACGUGUCUUCGCCUAUACAACUAUUUCCUAAGAUGUGUGGAAUUUGGGCAACGUUUGGAAUCGAUGGGGGACUAAGUGGGGCAUGCGUCAAGUGCUUUUCCGCCAUAGUACAUCGCGGGCCAGACGCAUGGCGUAUAGAACAAGAUGCAAGAGAACCACUCGCCGUACUAGGUUUCCAAAGACUUGCCAUUGUGGACGGUCUGCACGGAAUGCAACCCAUGCGAUUACACCUAUAUCCACGGGUAUCUCUCAUUUGUAACGGCGAAAUAUACAACUGCGAACGACUCCGCCACCAAUAUAACUUCCACUACGAAACACGUUGCGAUGUAGAGGCCAUUAUUCAUUGUUACAAGAAUUUUGGUAUCAGUGAUACUGUCAGAAACCUCGAUGGUGUUUUCGCAUUUUGUCUAAUCGAUGGAGAAAAAAGAAAAAUUUAUAUCGCCAGAGAUCCAUACGGAGUUAGACCUUUAUUUAAAUUACAAGAUGAAGAAAAUGGAUAUAUGGCUAUCUGUUCAGAAGCCAAGGGGUUAAUAGGAUUGAAACAAAAAGAUAGUAAAACAGCGAGUUUAGGUCAAUUUCCACCUGGCCAUUUAGAGGAAUGGGAUAUUUUAGAUGGAGGUAAAGUUAAACGUAACUAUACCGAAAAAUAUUUUACGCCAGGUGUACUUCCUCAUUUUACGCCAUUCGUAACAGAAGAGGAAAUAUCAGAAAUGAAUCUUUACGAAAAAACUGUUUAUCUUUUAGAAGCAGCAUGUAAGAAAAGAUUGAUGUCUGACAGGCGAAUUGGCUGUCUUCUUAGUGGAGGCUUAGAUUCUUCACUUAUAACCUCUUUAGUAGUGAAGAUAGCAAAGUUACACAAACUGCCAUAUAAAAUACAAACAUUUGCAAUUGGUAUGGGAGAUUCCCCCGAUCUCAAAGCAGCGCGCACAGUAGCCGAAUACCUCGGAACCGACUACCAUGAAGUCGUAUUUGAUGAGAGCGAUAUUAAACGAGAAUUAGAUAACGUUAUAUAUCAUUUAGAGUCCUAUGACAUAACAACAAUACGCGCCAGCUUACCAAUGUACCUUCUUUCGAAGUACAUUAAAGAAAAUACAGACACCACUGUCGUUUUUAGCGGCGAAGGUGCAGAUGAACUUGCACAGGGAUAUAUAUAUUUCAGAGACGCCCCCGAUUCAAAAGCUGCUCACGAAGAAAGUAUAAGACUUCUUUCAGAUAUUUAUUUAUACGACGGAUUGAGAGCAGAUCGAACGACAAGUGCCUUUAGCUUAGAGCUUCGAGUACCAUUUUUAGAUAUCCAAUUUACUAGCCACUAUCUUAGUUUAGAGCCUUCCUUACGGCAACCUCAAAACGGCUUGGAGAAGCAUCUACUACGCAAUAGUUUUGCCAAAAGUGGCUUAUUACCAGAAGAAAUCUUAUUCAGACAUAAAGAAGCUUUCAGUGACGGCGUCGCUUCUGUCAAAAAGUCAUUAUUCAAUACGAUCGGUGAGGUAAUCAAAGAACGCCUACCGCAAACAAUCGAUCAAUAUCCUGGGGUACAACCGAACACCGACGAAUCUAAAUAUUACAGAUAUAUAUUUGAAAAAUUCUUUCCGGGUCAACAUAACUUUACGCCAUAUUACUGGAUGCCUAAAUGGGUCCAAGUUUCAGAUCCAUCAGCAAGGUUCAUCAAACAUUAUACCGCCUCGUAACAAUAAAAAAUCGUUAUGGUUAUGGGGUUUUUAAGUUUUUUAUUGUUUCUGCGAAGCCUUUCAUGAAUUGUGUUGCCUAACAUAAAAAUGUUUUUAAGAAAUGAAUACAAACAUUAAAUAAAUUAUUUAAUAU